UUGUACAACUAUUUAAUAGCUUUGCCAGUAUCAUCAUCCAAUGAGAUGAGAUUUUUUAAUACUUUGCAUUCAAUUAUUACUCUAUGAUGAUGAGUAACAAAAUCAUGCCUAAUAAAUCUUAUGGAAAUGAUAAUUCUCAAAAGAAGAGCAAUAAGAAACCCCAAUGCUGACACUGCCUGUGACUUGAAUGACAUUACUGCACUUCACUAUUGUGGUAGAAACCCUCGAAAACAAUGGUUCUUUGUCUUAAAGCUACAUCCUGGAAAGCGUCACUUGACGGUGGUCGUGAGUCCACUCAAGGCCCUCAUGCUGGACCAGGUCCAGCGGUGGACCAGCAUGGGGAUCACUGCAGCAGCAGUGAUAAGUGGCAUGACAGCAGAAACUACACAGAGUGAGUUUACAAUGUUGAACUGUAAAUAGUUGGUCAUUGGAAUCAUUUGACAACUGUUGUCAAAUUACAUAUUAUCCAAUAUUGUUACAGCCUAAGCUGGUAAAGUAAACUUGAACCACAUAAGAAAACAUAAUACUCAGCAUUGGUCACCAUUGAUAUUAUGAUAUUUAUUUAUACAUAAGGUGCUGCACCAUAAAACAUACAUAAUAUAUAUGAACUUGUGCAUCACUAUCAUAAUGGUGACAUUACUUUCAUACCUUCAACCAAAGAUAUUUAACUUCUAAUGUCUCAUCCAACAUUAUGGUGAACUAAAUGGUAUUGAAAUUGCCAUUUAUUUAAUAGUCAUAAUGUAACACACAGUUUUAAUUAGUACAGUAUUGUAUCAAAAAGAGUCUUAAUGCUUUACUAUCUCACUUGCACUCAGAUGUUCUAGAUGGGAACAUUGAGCUGGUGUUCAUGUCCCCAGAGACUAUGUCACAAAAACUGUGGUGGACCUGGCUGAGGGACAGAAGCAAGGACAUCUGCCUCUUGGCUCUAGAUGAAGUCCACUGCCUGACCACCUGGUGGGAUGAAGUUUAAUGUUUUUCUUUUUUCCAGCAAUUUUUAGUCAUAUCUAAAUGAUGUAAGGAUCCAAAAAUGGUGCACCCCCACCAAUGUAGUAGAAUAUCCCAAUGACCCCAGAGGUCAGGUAGAACUAAUCCACACCUGACAAGUAGUUUACAUAUUUAGAGCAUGACUAUGUCUGAGUCUCUCUUCCUUGGUCAACCUUGGGAUGAGCAACAAGGGGAACAUCAUUCCGGGAGGAGUAUCGUAAGGUACCAAGCGUCAGGGGUGUGCUCAACUGCCCUGUGCUGAUGCUGACAGCCACGGCUACAGAGGCUAUGGUGGAUGAGAUAAUAGCCGAUCUACAUCUAUCAAAUGUGGAAGUGGUGUCUGUUCUGCCAAACAGACCCAACAUUCACCUUCAAGUGAGAAGAGCCACCAGUGACCUAAGUGAGGAGCUGGGCUGGCUGGUAAGCCACCUGAAGAAGGGGGGCAAGGAUGCAGGGAGGACACUGAUCUACUGCAGGACCAUCAACACGGUGUAUCAAGUAUGGGGAUGGCUCAUGAAACAGCUGGGGACCUCUGCCUGGACUGAGGAGCCCCACACCGUUAGGAAUAGGAUAGUUGAUAUGUACCAUGGUCAGACUGAUGAUCAGUCGCAAAAAAGAGAACUGGAGGGCUUCACCCAAAGUGAUAGCUGCCUCAGAUGUGUAGUAGCGACAAAUGCUUUUGGGAUGGGUGUUCAGGUAGAUGAUGUCCGCUAUGUAAUUCACUGGGGACCAUCAAAAGACGUAUUGUCCUAUUGGCAAGAAGUUGGAAGAUGUGCGCGUGAUGGGCAGGAUGGGCAUGCUAUCAUGUACGUGUUCCCUCAUUCGCUAAACGCUAAGUUCAUUAAUGCAGACAUGAUCACACUAGUUCGCAACUGUACAGGAAACAAGUGCAUUAGGAAACAGGUACUGGAGCAUUUGUUCGUGAAAGGCAUGGACAGAAGUGGUCUUGCUACAGCAUGUAAUCUUGAGCAUGGAUGUUGUAGCAAUUGUGAUGAUACAUGUAAAUCAUAGGUUUAAACAAUAGAGUCCCUUCUAGUCUAUUGGCCACUG